CCUUCAACGCUUCCAAAUUCACCGACCACCCCUGUCGCCCCUCUGACAGCUUCUUGCUUCGCAAUUUCUCCUUUCUGAGCUCUUACCAUCAUCACUGCUAAGCUUGUCACGACACGGCGCGCGCACUCGCAGCUACCCUAGCAUACAACCUCAUCUGCCACGACUCCGACCUGCAUUGACGCCACUUUUACGCACCACCACGAAAUGAGAUGAACAACACGACUUUGUCCACUCCGUCUACCUCAUCGUCUCGAGGCAGCGCAGGGGACAGCAGCCACGCUCAGAUCCGCACACGAUCAGAUAGCAUGACGGGCAGCGGCGGCGAUCCUUCUAGCCGGUCCAUCCUCCCCGGCUCCAGUCUCUUAGGCCUCAGCACCCCCGAACGGCCUGGCGGCUCGUCUUCCUCCUCCUCAGGCGGUACACUUCGACACAAGGCCUCGCUCCUCUCUGUCAGAUCCUACGAUGGAGGUCGAUGCUCCUCCCCAGCUCCAUCAACACACAGCGUCCUCUCUGCCCUCGAAGACGACGACCCGGACGCGAUUGAGGACCUCGAAGACUCUAUGCGACAUAGUGGCACAAUUGAUGAGUUUACGAGGAUUAUCACUGAAUUUCGCGUGGAGCGGAAACGCCGAAUGCAGAAUAGUAGUGGGAGUAAUGGAAGCCGACGAGGCAGGGAGAGUAGCGGCCUUGUUGUUGGUAGCGGUGAGCCACCUGCGUCAAGAAGCACGACGCCUACUCCGCCGAGAGUAGGGCAAGACAGUGGACUGCUUCCGCCAGCAAAUGGGAGAGAUAGUUUUGAGUCGACUAGUGGGGAUGUAGAUUCGCAGCAGAGGAGAAGGUGUACAUGUUGCUGUGGGCAACAUAAUUGCGAAAGAGCGAAAAGAGCAACGGAGGAAUGGGCGGACAUGGAGUCCGAUCUCCGUCUCGCCGCUGAGAUUGGCCAAGCUCUCCUCCGAAAGCACGACGACCUUUCUGCCCAAACUUCAACGAUCGAAGCACGCCAUGCAUCUCAAGUAGACAGCCUAAUGAGCAAGCUUGCUUCCAGUAUCAAGGAGUCAAACGACUACUCUCGACGUUUAGCGGCUACUACUCUCAACCUCGAGGCAGCCGACUCGAGCAAUCGGGCCCUGCUCGCCGAGCUGGACAACUGUCGGCGAGAGCUGUCACGCAUCAAAGGCGAGAAGGCACAGCUUGUUGCUGCGGACAGCAAAGCACAGAGGCUGGCAAGGGAGCUGGAGGAUACUCAGCAGGAGGUCCUUGCUGAGCGCGAAAAGAGAGAAGCGGCUGAAGCGAGGAGUAAACGGGCGGCCGAAAGAGUAACGCAGUUGAGUGAAGCAUUGAAGAGGCAAGUAGACGAGGGCCAGACAGCACGGCAGACUGAUGCAACGGGUGCGAAACUCGGGGAGGACAUCGUUGAGGCUGCGAAGGAGCGCUUCAGGGCUAGCGUCGCUGCUGCGCAGCAGGCCGGCGAAGCUGCUUUAUCAUCGACAGCCGUCGACGCCAGCGAGCUUGCGGCCAUGGCGUCUGCGAAUGAAGCCCUAGAGAAGCAGGUUGACCAGACGACCGCCCUUCUCGCGGCCGCCAACGAAGAGCUGGCCACAUUGAGGGAGGAGCGCGCGGGUUUCUUGAACACGGGUACAUCCUCUGCAGGUGGACGCAGUAUCCCAUUCCUGGGCCGCUCCACGCACGCACGCAGCGCCAGCGGAAUGAGUGAUGGGCAUCAUCGCCUUGCUUUGGCUUUUGCUCACCAGCAGCACCUUCAACAGGAUCUCAACAGCUCAAGCGCUAGCCAAGCAGAUGAAACGGCCGUGCCAGGAGGAGGGGCUCCCUCGCCCUCUCUGGCCGACGAGCUCUCUUCGCACGAAAUGGUCGCUCAGCCUUCACGCUCUCCGUCUGGUCGCCCACUCUCACUCAGUCUUCAUCGCCCGCUACUCCUCUCCGAUCGCUCUGCGAGCAGAGCAUCUGCCAGGAGUGAUGUUUCCCCGCGGCUGGGCGGAAGUCGUCUGCUAUCUCCGACGAUGCCUCCAUUUGAGCAGGGGUCUGCAGCAACGUCAGCAAGCAUUACGACGCAUGCUGCACCUGCAGCAACAGCAGCACCAGUUGCAAGCUACACAUCAUCCCCUGGAACGACCGUAGACUCUGCCGCGACUGUCAGCGCAGGUAGACGGUCUGUCAGCUCUGAGGCCCAAAAGAUACGAGCGGAAUAUACUGCUAUGCACGCCGCCGCCCCCCCUCCGCCUUCCGACAACGGCUCGACAAGCGAUACGAUGAGUAGCGCUGCUCCCUCAGCCUCGACCGCUCCGACGAGCUCCGCUGCUCACGCUCCCGUCCGCAGCUCAUCGACAUCCUUACCUCCGGCCGCGCCAAAGCGCGAUCCCCGCACAUCGCAUCUUCUCACCCUUCUCGACUACGUUACGCGACUCUAUACUCGACUUUCGACUGCGGACGUUGACUCCCUGUCUCGCCGUCUGCAGCGCCAACACUUGGCGGGCGGAGAUGUCGGCUACUUGGCGAAGGUGACGAUCCAGGGGAUCACCCGCGACGCCGAGGGGUUGAGGGAGCACUUCAGGCGUCUCAUCGAGCAGGAGGCACGCGAGCGCCAGGUCCAACCGGCGGAGGGAACAAAGAGUGAUGCAGCCUCUUCGCGCUCCUCUGAAGCAGGGGCAGUAGGCACAGCAAAUCCACAGCUGGAGAGUCUGUUGACUCGCAAAGACUUCUUCACGCUAGUCAAGUUGCUGAGGGACGUCCUUUUCGAGCUCGCGAGGCUACGAAGCUGUAUCAAUGAGGUGCAGCUUAACCCGGGGCAUGCGACAAGAAUUUUGAAUGAGCAUCUGAAUGGCGGGCAGGGGAGUGGGAAAGGAGAGGAAAAGGGUGUGGGAGGAUGGUUUGGAAAGCUACUUGCCGGUGGACUCGCAGUCGCUGGUGGUGGGAGCGGUCAGUCUUCGGCAACUCCUGCCUCAGCAGCGCCCCCUUUGUCUGCUACCGCUUCGAAUGCGGCAGCGAGUCCCGCCGCAGAUGCAGGCGACGGCGCUUCUCCUGCCGCCGGCCAGGCUACGCUUACAAGAGGAGCAAGCAUCAGUCGCCCAGCGAGUCGGUCAGGACCUGCCGGCCUGGCGAAUUCCGCGGCUUCAUCACUACAACGCUCGGUCUCACGCGGAGCAGCUGUAGCUAGUCGCCCCUCAACGGUCGCCGUAGAAGUCAAGGGUGGGACCCGCGCUACAUCCGCCGAGUUCCCUCAGGAUCAAACGGAAGGCCCAAGCACCGCGUCAUCAAUAUCAGCUGCCGCCCCUGGAGGCCUGACACGGCCGAUGCCUCGAGCGACACGGGGUCGCUCCGGUCUGCUAGGCGUACCGGGCUCUUCAUCCGUCGGCGCGGGCGCUCCUCACCCUCACCUCCUUUCGCGGGUACAGAGCCGCAACCUCAGCGGUCUCUUCGCCGGCGCUCCAGCUGAUGCAUGGGAGUCGCUGCGUACUACAAAUGCGCCGGUGCCAAGCUCGGGUACUACCACUAGUGCGACCCACGACUUCAUUCGCUCGCCGGGAUAUCAUGGUCGCAAUCGCCCACUUUCGCGAAUAGUGGACGAUGAUGAGGUUUCAUUGCACCAUGGAAAGCCUGGAUGGGGGUCGGAUGACAGUGGAGACCCGACGGCAGCGGACUCUAGUCGCAGAGGCUUGCAACGGCGCCCGCGCGGCCUGUCUGACAGCUCGAUUCACUCGACCUUUCUCGAGCACGGAACUGCUGAAGGCGAGGAGAACAACGCCAAAAGCUCUUCAGGCCACGGCUUAGGCAUCUCUCACGGCGCGAGUAGCAGUCAUGCCGCCCCUGCGGGUCGUAUCAUGAGCCGAGCAACUUUGGCCUUGCAGGCGCCCAUUGCGUUGAAAGGAGGAGGAGGAGCCGGAACUGCUUCUGUGACGCGGGCAUACGGUUCGAGCAGGCAGUACGACGAGGAGGACGAGGACACUGACGGCGACACGGCUAGCACGCUAAGCGUGAAGGCUCCUCCUUCCACUGGUAGCGGUGCCGACAAAGCACGUUCGAAGCCGGCUCGGCCGAACACCGCAAGUGGCACGGGCGGAGGCCUGCUCUCUGGCCUCGGGCAAAGUAUGUGGUCCGGCUUCCCCUCGUUACGACCUCAGCCCUCUACUGCUACGUUGAGCACAAGCGCUGCUGCCAGUGUCGCAGCUGUGCUUUCCUCAUCACCCGGGCAUGUGAGCACGAUGAGGCCCGGAGGUGGGAGUGGGGGUGGGUUGGGAGGGAAGAUGGGUCGCGAUGGUGCGUGA